AUGGCCGCUCCGGUGACAACACUGGUGGAGGAGGAGGAAAUUAUUCAGUACCUUCAUCCAUACUUGCUCACCUUGAACUAUGAGAAAUAUGCAGUCAAGCUGCUGGUCAUAUUCACAGCCCUGCUAUUGUUUUCUACAUUGUUCUUGGUGUCGUGGAUAAUAUUUUCCCCACUAGCAGCUUUCAGGAGCCUCCGGAUCAAAGAGAAAAUCUUUUGGAAUCUGGCAGUUGUGAGGGCUGUAUUUGGAGUAGCAGCAAGUGUUAUAGGUGCCUGGACCAUAUUCACGCACACAAACUACCACAGAGAUAUUGUCUUCGGACAGACAGCUACAGGCUCAUUCACCAUGAACGCCACCAUUGGAUUCUUCUUGUUUGAAUGUAUCGCUCUGAUUACCUCCGAUAUUAUUUUCCACUCUUUUAGCUGCCUUCUGCAUGUCCAUCACAUGUUUUGCACCAUUGUUGCAGCCGUGGUUACGCUCUCAGAAGCUGGAUACAGCUUGAGCCUGAUGUCCCUUUCCCUGGAGAUGAGCACUCCGUUCUCUGCCGUCUGCUGGAUUCUCUUAAAAUCUGGCAUGGGCAGUACAAAGUACUGGCUAAUUAACCAGAUGAUUCUACUGCAUACAUUUCAUCUGAGGUCUGUAGUCGAGUGCUAUAUAUGGUGGUUGACUUUCAAAGAAUGGAGCAUUAUUUGGAAAAGCAUGCCUUGGAUUACCUUUGUGACCGGUUACACAGCCCUGGCUCUUUUCACUUUUAUCGCUACACCGUACUGGGGUUAUAAGAAAACUCUACAGCUUGCCAAUCCGGUGGACUGGAAUUUUGAAUCAAAUGCAAGGAAUCCUGUACAAAAUGGGCACACAACGAAACUUGAGUAA